AUUUUCUUGAAUAUGAACCAAAACUUCGACCCACUGACUUAAUGGAAUAGUUCCAUCAUAUGUUUCCUAAAUUUGAAUCAACACAGCUCUGCUAGUCCCCACUGUGGUCUGAGGAAGCUGAACUGCUCUCAUCGUCUGAAUCACUGCUCGAACUUUCGCCAUCUUUUUGGUCUGAUGGUGGUGUCGGAUGCGGUUGUGGCUCUUCGGGUACCGGUUCAUCUUGAGGAGCCACUUGUAGGAAACUGAGAGCAGCUACAACGUCACCGAUCAAGGGACGAACUGAUGGUUCUUCCUGGAGACACAUGGCUGCAACCCCAACUGCCUGAUUCAAACUUCUCACUGGAAACUCCUUGUUCAAAAGUGGAUCGGCUAAUUCCGGGAACCUCUUUGGUUCCCGGAAAAAGGGUUGUGCCUAAUUGAAAUGACACGAAACUUCAAGUGAGAAAAAAAGACUCCAUAUCUUGAAACUUUGGUGAAUGAGAAAUUACCCCUAUUCACUCAUACUUCAGCUCUUACAGGUUGUUGAGUUUUUUUUUCAAUUAUUUUUUUUUAAAUGAAAGAAAGGAAGAACUUUGGGUUGCAGACUUACCCAAUCAACAAGAUUUUGCUCAUCUGUAGGUCUUGCAGUGUCCACAGCUCGACGGCCAGUGAUCAGCUCAAGCAGAACGACUCCAAAGCUGUAGACGUCAGAUUUCAAGUGUUCCUUUAAAUACUCUCCCAAAUCCACCUUCUCCAAUCAGACAUUCCUGUCGGAAGUUCUUAGUUGCAGUGGCAAGCUCGCGGAAGUUGAAUGCCUUGGCAUUAUUGGAAUUUCCAGAGUCUGAGGCAGCCUCGUUGUUGCUUCCAGCUUCUGGGACAGACGCUGCUGCUUUUGGCGUGCCACUCACUGUCACAGGCGCGCAGGAGAUGGUGCUGUUGUGGCAGGGGGCUGUUCCUUGGGAUGCGCAAGCGGUAUCUGGUCGGGUGGUGGUGGUUGGUUAUCGCCGUCGUCUUCCUCCUUUUUCUUCCGGAAACAUGGAAAGCAACUCAUGUCUCAAUCCUCUUGCGACGGGUGGACGGAUUGUAUGCAGUAUCAGAUAUGUGUUGAAGACAAUCAAGGAGAAAGAAUCUGCAGACUGUUCUAAUGGCUCCAACGUUUGACAUCAAAUCAAAAUCCUUGAAAAACAAAAACACGGGACAGAGGGAGAACAAUGUGGGGGUCUAUCAUGCAUUAUGAACGAUGAACGCUACGCGAUUCGGUAUAUAAUCUGAUAUGAAUGGAAAUGGGUCUCUACAUUUUGCAUGGUUUUUUUUCUUGUGUGAUUGGAGAAGGAAAUGAAAGGGCAAAAGGGUCCUCCAAGAAGGGGAGGAGUUGAAGGAGGACCCUAAUGGAGAUGAGCUUCAAGAGAAUGGAGGGGAAAAGUCAUUAGAGAAAGAGGGAAGAACAGAAAUGUAAUGUUUUUUUUUUACUCAUUUUUUUUCUUCCCCUAAGCUUGUCAUAAUAUCCGGAGAAAAAGGAGGGGCUUUGAAUGGAUGCUUGUCACAUAUAUUGGAGUAUUUUGUACAUACUCCGUACCUAAAUAAAUUACAAUUUUUUUU